UCCCGUGCCUGGAUGUGUGAGGAGCCCACUGCGCCCUCAUCUGGCUCGCCUGUUGCAGGGGCCUUUCAAGUGGCUUUCAAGUCACCUGCUCCUAAUGAAUUAGACAUUUCAGCGAACUUCAGGUUUUCAGCAGUCCUCGGGCCCGUCUGAGUGUCCAUGGCUAGUGUCCUUUUGCCCCCGAGGUGAUGCAAGAAGGUGAGCAGGGAAUGAACAGAGAGACGUGCAGUCUGAGCAGCCAUCAUAACCAUAAAUGGAAAAGCAAGGAAGAUAGCGAGUGACCUAACAUCCACUGUUGACAUGGGAACUGGAGGACACCAAGGAUCAAAUGACAGAGGAGGGCUGGAGUGAUAGAACAUGUGGAUGUCCUCAAGUGAAGAGAGGAAGGAGACCAGAUGGGGCCAAAUGGCCUGGCAGAUUUAAUCAGCCUUAUUCCAUAAUUACAUAGCUGCCUUCUACAAGGACAUGGUCAACAGAGGUGUGGUCUUCAGACACCCGGACAGGACUAGACAACAGCAGGAUCAGGAGACAGGCACACAUCUGCAUGAGCGCUGCCAAGACACUGGAUUGUGAAGAACAAACUGUCCCCACUUCCCCGUUGCCCAGUGGCUCAUUUUCAAUGGAAAUGACGAAGGCAGAUGAUUAACAUGGGAGCCAUAUUGCAUCCUUAAUGAUUCCUGAGUUUGUGUCUCCUCGAAUUGGCCAAUGCAAGAGCAGAUGGCCCCACGGGUGGAAUCCAGACACGGUCACUGUGCCUGUGACAACUUUGAAAAGUGUGCAUUGGAGCUGGAUGCAGAGCAUGCACAGAGAGUCCCUGGGGCAGAACAGGGAGGGGUCCCACCCACGCAGGUCAAGCUGAAAGAGAGGCAGAAGUUCUUUGAGGAGGCCUUCCAGCAAGACAUGGAGCAGUACCUGUCUACUGGCUACCUGCAGAUCGCUGAGAGGAGAGGGCCAAUAGGAAGUAUGUCAUCCAUGGAGGUGAACGUGGACAUGUUGGAGCAGAUGGAUUUGAUGGACAUGUCUGACCACGAAGCCCUUGAUGUGUUCCUGCACUCUGGGGGAGAGGACAACAGUGCUGCCUCACCUGGCACAGGUCCAGACGUUGAGUCUUUCACCACAGAGAUCAGUCUCCAGGUUCCCACCCAGGCUGAGCUACGCCAUAAGCUUUCUUCCCUUUCGUCCACCUGCACCGACUCAGCCAGCCAGGACACAGAGGCGGGGGAGGAGGAUGAAGAAGAGGAGGAGGAGGAGACUGAGCAAGGAGGAGGAGGUGGCGUUGGAGGAUCAGGGGGAGGAGGAAGGCGAGCAAGGGCAUCUGUGGUGGUGACAGUUGAUGAAGAGGAGGUGCCCCCCGAUACAGCUUUGGUAGACCAUGAGGACCAGACCAGCAAAGACUGUGAGGAGAGCAGGCCGAAGGUUUGAGGAGAGAUGGAUUUAAACAUAUACAUAAACAAUAUUGGCUUCCUUCUCAAAUUCCUUUCAUACUGAAGAAAGAACAUAUGAAAGAAAAUAAAUAUGUUGCACUAACUGCCACAUGGCCUUGCCUUAAAAGAACAGAGUUUUCAAUUCUAAUUAAAUCCUGUAAAAUAUCUUUGAGUUCCCUUUAGCAUAAUAGCAUUGAAUGGUUUAACAUGCACAUAAAUAGUUAGACAUUAAUUAGAGGAUGCUCUAAUAUUCUCUUUCGGUGUUAGUGCAUGCUGAGACCAGGAGAGGCCUGUUACUAAUAAGUGAUGGGGACAUAGAGAAGCAUACACUAAAAUCAUCCAUGUGUCUCUCUGCAGUUCUUUGUUUUCACGCUCUGUGCUAACACUUAAGCAUUCACUCUGCUGACAGACUGCAGCUGAUGAGCAUUAAUGUGUGUUGAACGUUGGUGAAAUCUUUGCAGGAUAAAAAUAUAUUUGUACCAAAUACUUGCCAAUUGUAAAAGGCUAUCACCAGAUCUGUCAGGUUUCUGACAUUUUAUGUUUAAAUCACUAAAAGUAAGUCUUCUUUUUGUAUGUAUGUAUCACGUGGGGGGGGGGGUCAUCUCACUGACCUCUCGUGGUAUCUAGCCAUGGUUUUCUUUGCUCAGGUAGUGACUUUUGUGUUGAAAAAUGACAAUUAUUUUAAUGGCAACUUGUCUUUUCAGAAAUCCUUCCUGGUUAAGCUUAAUAAUUCACAUACCUCUCUGUCAACAGUUGUCACAGGAAUUUUGCUUUGAUAUCUCAAAUGCUGGGCAUAUACAUCCUAGCACAAACCUUUUAAAAAAGCAAAUGCUAAAUUCUUAGCACAGAGCACUUGACAAAUGAUCUACAAGAGGCACAUGGAUGAAUUUUCAUGUCUUUAUAGAUAAGCUGAGCCCCAAAAGCUAGUUGUAUUUCUUUAACUAGUUUAUAAGCUAGAUUCUGCAAUAUUUUAUGCGUAAACAACCAAUUAGAAAAUACUUUUGUGCCAAACAUGACAUAAUAACUGGCAGUCACCUGGAAGUGGGUUAUAUACUGCAAAGCUGACAGACUUGUGGAGUUCAGGUACCAGGGUAUCAAUGAUUUAACACACACAAAUACACACAUUAAGGAGAUUUACCCAUUGCCAUUCCUUUAAUCAAUACUACUUGGGUGAACUUCUCCUUUUGAACGAGGACCAAAUCCCUGUUUGGACUGUGCGCUAUGCGCUGGACGACACCCAGAAGGUUUAAAUGUAUCCAGAUUUUUUUGUACAGAAAUGUUGACAUUUGUGCAAUGUGACAGCAUUAAUCCUUCCUUUCUUUUCCCCUGCCUACAAUUUCUGACUUGUUGGUAAUAAAUGUUUCUCCCCUA